AUGAAGAUAUUUGUGAAAACUCUCAAGGGGACUCACUUCGAGAUCGAAGUAAAACCGGAGGAUUCGGUUGCUGAUCUGAAGAAGAAGAUAGAGACUGAGCAGGGAGCAGAUGUUUAUCCUGCUUCGAAACAGAUGCUUAUUCACCAAGGGAAAGUGCUUAAAGAUGAGACCACAAUUGAGGAGAACAAAGUUGCCGAGGGCAGUUUUAUUGUCAUUAUGAUGACCAAGAGUAAACCUGCCUCAUCUGGAGCGUCUACUACAUCUGCUGGCCCUUCAGCGCAGGUCAAGUCGAUGCCCACCUCAUCAACACAGCCUUCAGCAUCCCCUCAACCUCCAGCUUCGGUAGCAAUACCAGCUGCACCGACACCAACACCAACGCCUGCAGCUGCAACUGAAACUGUGGUUGUACCUGCACCUGCACCUGAGCCUGUACCUGUACCUGUACCUGAACUUGUUUCUGCUACUUUACCAGCAAGCACUCCCACACCCGAAUCAACUCCUGCUGGAUCUCAGGGUGAUGUUUACGGACAAGCAGCAUCAAAUCUGGCCGCAGGAAGUAAUUUAGAGAGUACCAUUCAACAGAUUCUUGACAUGGGUGGUGGAUCCUGGGAUCGUGACACUGUUGUCCGUGCACUCCGUGCUGCAUUUAACAACCCUGAAAGAGCUGUGGAAUAUCUUUACUCUGGUAUCCCUGAGCAAGCUGAAGUUCCUUCAGUUGCCCGUGCCCCAGCUAGUGGUGGACAGCCAGCAGAUCGUCCAGCGCAGACGCAGCAACCUGCAGCGGCACCUGCAACUGGUCCUAAUGCAAAUCCGUUAGAUCUCUUCCCACAGGGGUUGCCAAAUGUUGGGGGAAACCCUGGUGCCGGAACGCUUGACUUCCUGCGCAACAGCCAACAGUUCCAAGCUCUGCGAGCAAUGGUGCAAGCAAACCCUCAGGUUCUGCAGCCUAUGCUUCAGGAACUGGGAAAGCAAAACCCAAACUUGAUGCGGUUGAUUCAAGAACAUCAAGCUGACUUCUUACGUUUAAUCAAUGAACCCGUUGAAGGAGGUGGAGAGAGCGGCAACCUCUUUGGCCAAUUGGAGGCGGGAAUGCCACAGCCACAGGCGAUCCAAGUCACACUUGAGGAACGCGAUGCAAUCGAACGGCUGGAAGCAAUGGGAUUCGAGAGAGCAUUGGUGCUGGAAGUGUUCUUUGCCUGCAACAAGAACGAAGAGUUGGCUGCAAACUAUCUUCUUGAUCACAUGCAUGAGUUCGAGGAAUAG